CCUGUUGAAACUCGAGACAGCCAGGCAAGAGGCGGGAUUUCAUUAGAGGAUUUCGUGUGCUCAAUCAGCUUUCGACGGUGACGAACGCAUCAAAACAGACGGCAAGAGACAAGGAGCGAGACUUGGAUGUGCCACAGUCAGCCAGCAGGAUGCCCUAUCAACAAAUGGAGAACAACAACAAUCAUGGUUACGACGCGAGAAUUGAAUCAGAAAAGGUUAGCAUGGCUGACGUUCCUGCCAAACAAUAUCUAGUCCGACGAUCUAAACGGCUGCCUUGGUGGCUAUGGAUCUCUAUCGCUCACGCACUGGGUAUCAGGAUUCAACCUAAUGACCGCGGUGUUUUGGCUGCCGUUCUGUACACAUCAACAAUCAUUUCAGCUCUAGUGUUGGUGGUAUCCACUAGCACUUACGUCAUCGCCCAAGUUGUUCACACACAUGCUGGCGAGCUAAAGCUCAACCAAUCGGCAAUUUCAAUGACCGGGGAUAAAUCGAUGGGACUAUCUCAGGCGACACAUCACACCGACGUCAUGGACGGUAUCGCUAUGGUGUCUCUGACAUUCUUUUGGUGCCUACUUGGUCUCUACUCCAAGAAUUUGGCCUAUCGAUUGUACAAUUCUUCAAAGUUUCUCGACAUGGUCCGUCUCCACGCUAAAACGGUAUUGAAAGUUAAUGCGGCCUUCGUUUUCUUCCUGCUGAUGACGACGUUCGUGGCCGUCCACAACAUUUCGGCAUAUUACACUUGGUAUGCAGACCAGGAAACGUGUGCAACAGCUGGCAUCACGCCCAUUCUCUGCCAGAUUCGUUUCAUCGCCAUGUGCAUUUUCUCUGUUUUCGCUAUUCUCUGGAAUUCGCUAGUUGGCAUUGUUCUUUUAUCAGUUUGCCGAACUAACACAAUGGGCAUUCGCCGAUUCAUCCAGGAUUUGGAAAGAGAUGCUGCCAUCUACGAGCGUCAACGUUUCGGUCCCAAUACGUCUCACAGUGAUAUGUUAUGGCUGAAUGAUGGCGAUGCUGAUCAAUCAUCAGAUGGCGAAGCCGAGAAAAAAUUGCGUAGGCGUUAUACGGCCUCAACAAGCAACAAUAACGAGCCAACACCCACGGACGGACCUUCAGAAAAAAGAUCCCACAGAGAACCGGAAACGGCUGUUACACGAUCCCCUCAACGAACGGUGCUGGAAUUGCAUGACGUUGCAUCUCCUGACAAUCUUCAUCAUAACGUGCCAGAGGCUAGGCAAAAUGCUAACGAAGAGUGUGUCAAGCCCAUGUCGACGGCAGUUGUGCUACAAAGAUAUUGGAAAUUAUCGUGCGCUACGCGUGUAUCGUCCGUAAUGUUUCAACGUUGGACCACCUGUGUCACUACGCUGUGUUUAGCGUGGGUAACAAUAGGCUUAGUUGAAUGGCUAUCCAAUACGCCACACCCACUUCAAAUCGCUCAGGUGUGCAUCCCAAUGAUGAUCUUACCUUUACUGUGCGCCGCCUACGCGGAAGUCAACGGCGAAGGCAAGCGAUUAUUAAAGUGCAUUUACCCUAUGGAACAAAGGUUGCACGCUCUCUACGUUAUGUGGCAAUCACCACCACAAAUGACUGUCUUCGGGAUGAAUAUUACUUACGGUGCCAUGGGAACUGCUGCUGCUGGUCUACUGUUAGCCUUGAUGACGCGCGUCGUUCUGAAACAGUUGGGUGGGGGCAGCUCGUGAUAUCGAAUCAAAUGUCUUCGGAACUCGAUCGUUCCUAAAGUCUGAUUACACGCACAGUCACGAAGCGAUCUUCUCUAAUUCAUAGAUAUAUUUUUUAAAUAUUAAGUGCUAUUUAGAAGUUCCAUCUUAAUGCCUUACAUAUUUAUACUAUGGUGUAUCAUUUUGAAGCUUUUAUGCGUAUGCAAUCUAGUCUCGCUCAAAGGAAUAUACCCCAAUUUAUCUGCCUGAGAACAAAAAAUGAUGCUAUG